CUCUGGUCCACGCGUAGUGAGACGGACUGGCCCACGAGGCAGCCCGUCAUUACAGACAAAACCUCGAGGUGUCCUCUGACCUUGAAUGGCUGAGACGCUGGUUCUCUCGGUCUUCAAUUCUAUCCUCUACCACUGUCCUUGAAGCAGGCCGCUGCUGCGUACUGGCGUCGACCAGAUUGUCUUGUACUCGCGCUGCCCCGAUGCCAGACGGGUCCCGCGAAACCACCACCAUUCGACCGCCUUCAAUACUGCGCACACGACACAAACCCGUCGGAGCUGGCCUGGAGACUACAAAACAUCCAGACCUUUGAGGCCUUGGGCCAUCGCAUCGACCAACAUGGCGCCACGUCCAACUGGCUCCCUCUGGGGCAAGGUUAACACCCUCUCCAAGAAAAACUCCAUCAUCCUCUACCAGCGCCACACGAUUUCAACGCUCUAUACUGCCAUAUUCCUGCCGGUUCUACUCGCUGUCUAUUUGGGGAUUAUGCGAAAUGUCAACAAUCCCCAGGACGAUUAUGGUAUCGCCGAGCCUCGCCCCAUCAUGUCGCUGGGCGACGCGCUGGGCGCUGCGGAUGGAUCCCGCAACACGGUCCUUUUCAUAAACAACGACCUGACGGGAGGAGACAUUGACGCCGUCAUUGACGAUCUUGUCAAGGAUGUCGAAUCCGCCGGCAAGUCAGCCGAGCGUCGCUCCUCGCCGGAUGCUGUCAAUGAGAUUUGCAAAUCAUCUUUCCAGGGCGCUUCCAACUGCUUCGGCGCGGUCAUCUUCAACUCGUCACCCAAUGAAGGCGAUGGCGCUGGGUGGAACUACACCCUGCGGGGCGACCUUGCGCUGGGGCGUGAGGUCAAGGUCAAGAAGGACGACAAUGACGCUCAGGUCUAUAUGCUGCCCCUCCAGCGCGCUGUCGACAACGCUAUCGUCCGCACCAGCAACUCCGACUCGAGUGAAAUCGGCAAAACCGAAGAAUGGGCUUUCACUGAUGAGACGGAGAAAGAGAGGGAGGAAGGUGUCCGGAGGCGAUACCAGAGCAGCUUCACGCAGUACCUCAGCGUGGGCCUCAUUGUCAUCUUCUACGGCCUUGUGUACCGCCUCCCUGGUUCCAUGGCGACCGAGCGUGAAAAGGGUCUCUCGCAACUCAUCGACGCCAUGAUGCCUACCAACUACGAGUCGGAGGCUCAGCUGGCGCGCAUGCUGUCGUUCCUCUACUCAUACACUUUCACGUACUUUCCUGGCUGGGUCGUGGCGGCUGUCAUUAUUCGCAUGAUGAUUUGGAAGCAGACCAACAUUGGCAUCGUCAUGGUGUUCUUCAUCCUGGCGGGCAUGUCGGUGACUAGCAUGGGCAUCAUGGGCGGCACGUUCUUCAAAAAGGCACAGCUGUCGGGACCUGUCAACGCCAUCGUCUUUCUGCUCCUGGCAGUGCUGGCCCAGGCGAUCCCCGACCCCCCGACGGCGGCCGUUGCUGUCCUGAGCGUUUUGUUCGCGCCUUGCAACAUUAUCUUCAUGUUCAUUCAGAUUGCCAAGUAUGAGCGCGACGGUCUCUCUACCGAUCUUCUCAAGGGACCCCCCGACAGCAACUCUACUCUCCCUGGUCUGGCUCACUUUAUCUUUGCGGGGGUCCAGUUCGUUGUGUAUCCCGUCAUUGCUGCCUUUAUCGAGCGUGCUAUACAUGGUGUCGCCGCCGAAAGCCGCAAGAUCUACAAGGGAGGCCCCAACGAGAAGCCCAUGCACGACGCGGUUGUCAUUCAGGGCUUGACCAAGAUUUACCGUCCAAGCCUCUUCCGCCGCAUUUUCUCUUUCAUUGUCACGCCUCGCGCCCCUACUGUGGCCGUCGACAACCUCAGUCUUGUUGCCAAGCGAGGGCAGAUUGUCUCCCUCCUAGGCGCGAACGGCAGUGGCAAGUCAACGACCCUCGACGCUGUGGCUGGCAUUCACCGUUUCAACCAAGGCAGUGUGUCCAUCGAUGCGUCCGGCGGGGUUGGUAUUGCUCCCCAGAAGAACGUACUCUGGGACGAGCUCACCGUCCUGGAGCACCUUCGUCUUUUCAACCAACUCAAGUCACCCGGUGCUACAGCCUCCGCGUACGAGCUGCACCAGCUUAUGGAGGCAAUCGGCCUAUCGCAAAAGAAGAAAGCACAGGUCCACACCCUAUCGGGCGGUCAGAAACGCAAGUUGCAGCUCGGCAUGAUGCUCACAGGCGGAAGUGCCGUCUGCUGUGUUGACGAAGUUUCCUCGGGCAUCGACCCCUUGUCCCGUCGUAAGAUUUGGGAUAUUCUUCUCUCUGAGCGCGGCAGCAGGACUAUCAUCCUGACCACCCAUUUCCUUGACGAAGCCGACCUGCUCUCGGAUGACAUUGCUAUUCUCUCCAAGGGCACCCUCCGUGCCCAGGGCUCGCCUGUUGUUCUGAAAGACCGUCUUGGAGCUGGAUAUCGCAUUCACGUCCUGAACGCCAAGAAUGUUCGCAGCCCUCCUUCUUUGCCUGGCGUCAAGUGCCAGGUCACCUCUACCAACAUCACCUACACAGCACCAUCGUCCGAGAUGGCCGCAAACGUUAUCCGGGCCUUGGAGGGUGCUGGUCUGGAGUAUCGCAUGUCUAACCCUACUAUUGAGGAUGUAUUUUUGGCCGUCGCAGAGGAAGUACAGAAUGAGCAGGGUUUCCUGCCAGGUGCCACCUCAAGCGAAGGUAUCUCACCGAUGGAGUCCGAGAGUUCUGGUGACCAUCUUACCCGCGAGAAAGCACCUGGCCGCGGUCUCGAACUUUUGUCUGGCAAGCAAACUGGCGUGAUGAAGCAAACCAUCGUCUUGGUCAAGAAACGUUUCACCCUCUUCAAGACUAACUGGAUCCCAUAUGUCGUCGCUCUUCUCAUCCCAGUAGUCGCUGCUGCGGCUGCUCAGACUUUCCUUCGUGGUGAGGAGCAGGUUGGCUGCUCGCCCAGAGAGCAGUCCAACUCUGAGGAUGGUCAGAAGUGGCAAGAUAUCUUUGACAACGUCCUGAUAGCCGCUGGUCCGCGUGGCGAUUUCCCAUAUGGCGGCAGCUCUGGCAGUGUCCUGAACACAACAGGUGCUUCCACUGAAAACAUUGACAUUGAACUUCGCAACUCGUUCUCUGACCUGCGUCGCUACAUUGAGGAUAACCGCAAGGACGUCAAUCCGGGCGGCUUCUGGCUCGGAUCUUCCGACCAGGCGCCAACGAUUGCCUACCGCGCUGAUGGAGGCACAUCGGUGUACACGGCAGUCAUCAUGCAGAACCUGCUCAACACACUCAAGUCCAAUGUCAGCAUUGCUACACAGUACAGGGCAUUUGAUAGCAGCGUACCUGGCAUCACCACCGACCUCAUUAUUGCCGCUGCCAUCUUUACCAUUGCCUGUGGUAUCGCACCGGCCUUCUUCGGUUUCUACCCCAACGUGGAGCGCAGGACAAACGUGCGCAGCUUGCAAUACUCGAGCGGUGUCCGCUCGCUGCCUCUGUGGUGCUCGCAUCUGGCAUUCGACUUUUCGAUAUCCCUGGUCGCUUUCGUUGCUGCCGCUGUCGCUUUCGUCGCAUCGUCAGAUGUGUGGUAUAACGGUGGUAUACUCUUCCCGGUCUUCCUCCUCUACGGGCUGGUGGCUAUCCUCCUGGCUUACGUCUGGUCCUUGUUCAUGGCCAGCCAGCUGGCCACAUUUGCUGCCAUUCUUGUGCACAACACUGUUGGAUUUGCCAUCUACUUCAUCGCCUUCUUGUUCAUCAUCAGCUUCAGCCCCGUGCAAGAGACCGAGCGUAACAUCUUGAUUGCUCACUACACCAUCGCCGCCUUCUUCCCUAACGGCUCGUUAUUCCGUGCUCUAAUGGUCGGACUGAACCUGUUUGCCACGACCUGCGAUGGUGACCAGCUGUACAGUUUUCCGGCAGACAUCAAUGCCUACGGUGCUCCCAUUCUCUACCUCGCUGUCCAGGCAAUUAUUCUGUUCAGCUUCAUCCUGUGGAAUGACUCGGGCAAAAAGCUUCCUAGCUUCAUGAGAAGCAAGAAGAAAGUGCAACAGUCUUACCGUCCAGACAUUGACGACGCGGAAAUCGCAGGGGAGACCAGCCGUGUUUACGCCGAGAACAACCAGGAUGGUUUGCAGGUCAAGAACCUGGUCAAAGUGUUCGACAAGCACACGGCCGUCGACAAUGUCACUUUUGGCGUGCAGCACGGCGAGAUCUUUGCCUUGCUGGGGCCCAACGGUGCGGGCAAGUCGACCACGAUCUCCUUGAUUCGUGGUGACAUUGCCCCCAGCGCUGGAGGCGGCGACGUGUUCGUUGAACAGGUUUCGGUGACUGACCAGCGUGCACUCGCUCGGUCCAACCUGGGAGUUUGCCCACAAUUCGACGCCCUCGACAACAUGACCGUACUAGAACACCUCCGCCACUACGCACACCUGCGUGGUAUUAGUGAUGUUGAGCGCCAGGUGCAGGCAGUCGUUCGCGCCGUCGGUCUUGAGGCAUUCCAGCAUACCAUGGCUCCUCAUCUCUCUGGGGGUAACAAGCGCAAACUCAGCCUUGGAAUUGCGUUGACUGGCAACCCGUCAGUGAUCCUGCUCGAUGAGCCUUCUUCCGGUCUGGAUGCCGCUGCCAAGCGAAUCAUGUGGCGCACCCUCGAGACCAUUGUGCCAGGUCGCUCGAUCCUCCUCACCACACACAGCAUGGAGGAAGCUGAUGCGCUUGCGAGCCGGGCUGGUAUCAUCGCGCAGCGCAUGCUGGCCGUCGGCGAGGUUGACACCUUGCGUCGACGCUUUGGUGAUAGUCUCUACGUGCAUCUCGUUUCGCGCACUGCCCCUUACUCUACCCCGGAAGAGAUGGAGCGCAUGCGUGCCUGGAUCCAACACCUGCUCCCCGCCGCGCAGAUCGAGGCGGAGACAUAUCACGGCCAGAUGCGCUUUAGCGUCCCAGCUCGUGCCGUCCUGGAGCGAUCACGCCAGACACCCGGGCCUGUCGACGCUGCGCAGACAUCUGCGAGUGCCAUUGGCCAGUUGAUCGUUCUCCUUGAGGAGCACAAGAACGUGCUUGGCAUCGAGCACCACUCCGUUAGCCCUACGACGCUGGAGGAUGUCUUCCUCGCUAUUGUCGGGCGACAUAAUGUGCAGGAAGAGGGCUACGCAAAGGAGGCGGAUGCCGCCGAGCAAAGAAGACAGGCGCAGGCUGGCUUCUGGGGCCGUAUCGACUGGGCCAAGGUCAGGAAGGUCACUCUUGGAUUUUGAAGGUCUUUGACAUGUAAGAGGUGAGGAUAUGUGUGUGGAUUUACUUGAUACUCCCUGAGGAUGAGCUGCUCUCCUCUACGUUUGCUUGUUGAUAUAGCUUUAAUGUAUUUAUGAUGAUAGACCGUGGAAUUACCACUUCUGAAAGAUGC